ACUUGUUCUCCCCACUGUAUUUACAUUUAAGUUGUUUAUCAGGUUUGGGAUCAAAUUGUGUUGACUAAGAAAACAUUGUAUGGCUGAAUUGUUACAUGAUUUCGGGCUGCUUUACGUUUUAUUUUAUAACACGUUUUAGGCCAAUGAGACCGUUGUUCUCCGAUUUCUCCGCUCAUCACACAGAGUAGUAUUCUGGAAUGCGUUCAUCAAACUGUAUUAUGCUCAGUGGAUGUGGAGGGGUGAUUGAGGCAAGGGUUGUACGCAUGCCUGCAGUAGUUUGGAUACUGGGUAACUUUUUGGCACUGAAAGCUAACCAUGGGCCUAAUCAAGGGGCUCCUGCACACGUCCUGGUGUAUUACAUUUGAUUCGUAUUCUGAAGCACUGGCAGCAAGAGUGGAGGCUUAGAUGGCUGGGGGGGGUCCCCAGGAGAGAUUUGAUUACCACUGCAUUACGGUAUAAGCAGGUCUGUUCCCAAUCUGCAUUAAUGGCCAGAUGUUACAAUGUCCAUUUCUGUACUGGUAAGUAUUGCUUACAUCUCUUUGCAUGUCAGGUUGCCUUUUUCGUAGGUUCAUCUUCAAUAAUAAGGAUAUUAGCAAUGGCAAAGUAUUUGUUUCACUACAUUAAAUGCAUGUCAAUAUUUUAAUAAUCAAACUUUAGUCAGCUCAAAGGUUUGUAGGUUUCUAUGUACAAGCUGAAAUACAAUCCGCAAAUAAAAGACAAGUUGUAUAUUGAUUGAUGACAAAUUUAUGGUUCUUAAAACUGCCUGGCUACCCGGAGCUCUUAAUCUAGCCAAAUUAUAUAAUUUUCAGACUGAAUUAAAUUGUGAACAGUUGUCAGGCAAUCUAACAUAUGCAAUCAAAAUGUUUUUCUUAAAGAAAGUACACAUGCUUAAGAAUUUUCCAUAUUGUACUUGUCAAAAUAAGUAUUUCAGACACUUUUUACAUAUGCACCAUUGGACUUUACAUGCCAUUCCUUAUCAAUGGCUUGUAAAAUAGAAGUUUGGAAGUUAAAGCAGAUUCCUGGGCAUUUGGCAGAGGGACGUGUCGACAAGCAAAGCAGUAGGCAGAGUUCUGGCUUUGGGAGUAAUCAAGCUAUGGAUAUUUGAAUCAAGAGUCAUUGAAUGCCUUGCAUAGUUCUUCGAAAUGCUACCGUUACUAGGAUACCAAUAGGUGAACUUUUAGAUAUUUUAUUCAAGUUAAUCUUAAACAUUUACAAAUAUGCGGUGAAAACAACAUAUACUGGAUAAGGCAUUUGCUAGGUAACGUACCUUGACAAACAAAUUCCACAGCCGGCUGUGCUGGAGGGAUUGUAUUAUCUCGAUGGUCACCCCCAAAAUGGAAAAUGGUAGUUGACUGCAACUGCUGUGCUUAGAGCUAAGAGGCCAUUAUCUUUUCCUGUAAUAAAACAUGAAAACUAAAGAACUGGUUGUGUGCAAUGUGGUGUUUAACAUUUAAUAUUGUUAAAGUAUUCUUAUUUGGCUACUUGUUUUGUACUAUGAGUGAGGACAGGGUUGGUUUAUCCAGUGCCCAACUCAAAGCUAGAUAGUCAGUUUAUUAACCUGAGGUAACUCUAAUGUUACUGUUCUGGAGAUAGUUAGCUAAAAUUGCUUUGCUUAUGUACUGUACUGUUAGUAUCAGAGGCAACAUUAUAUUUCUGAAGGACUAUAAUCAUGCAAAAUGAGUUGCAAAGUCACCUUAAUGUCCGCUAGUUAUCAUUAUUAGUUAAAACACUAACAUGAUGUAGCUAAAGGUGAAGUAAUCCAUACUAGAUAUGUAAAACAUGACACCAACCUGUUCAGUUUCACUGGUUUGCAUGUUUGUUGACACCCCCCUGCUUGGAUGACCGGAUUUCCUCAAAGAUGUAAUUUGCCUUGCCAAUGGAAUCCAUGCAGGCUUGAUUCAACUAAAGGGUGAAUCAAGAUCAUCCCAAAUUAUCCAUCAUUGCUGUGGCUAGUUUGACUCCCAGAACUCCAAGGCCUCUCUUUUAGACAGCACCAGACUCCAUAACCCAUCUAAUACUUUACUCUUAGAGGUUGAAACAUUACUAAAGUACACAGCACAGAUGAAGAUGCAAACUCGGCAAGAAUUCAAGGACAACUGCUACAGUUAAUAUUUCUUGGUCCCCAAGAAGGCUGGGAUGUUACGUCCCAUGGACUGGUGUACCUUCAGCUUCUAUAUGGUCAAAAGCCACCAGCUGUCUGGGUCACAGUGGAUGGUUCACAUCAAUCUACAGCAGCGUCUCCAAACCCUGUUCUUGGGCGCCUGCCCUGCAUGUUUUAGAUCUUCCCCUGCCCUAACCUGAUGUGUCUCAUGAAGGACUUGAUAAUGAGGUGAUCAUUUGAAUCAGGUGUGACAGAUCAGGGAGAGAUCUAAAACAUGCAGGGCAGGGAGGUGCCCAGGAACAGGGUUGAGAAACUCUGUUUUAAAGGACGCAUACUUCUAUGAAGGUUCAUCAAGGCUGUAGCCUGUGAGUUUAUAGUCCUGUGUGCCUUUUCCCAGGUGGUUGAGGACAGCCUGGCACCCAUCUGGGACAGGGGGCUCAGUGUGCUGACUUGUCCAGACUCCAUGCUAGUGGCUGGAAUCAAGGGAACAUGUAAUAGCACACUUCAAACCUGGUAUUUCACAUCCUUAGUGCAUUUUAGUCCUGGGUUUUGAGUUGGACUGAGUAGAAAAACAUACUUAUCCCCAUAGAGGCUGGCACGCGUGGUAUGUUUGCGUGUGUACUUGCACAUCAGAAUGCCUGAUCUCUGAGAGUCCCCAUCAUACCUGAGCUCUUAGCCCCAUCUAGACAUCUGCAGUUAUUAUUCCUCCCUGGUAGAAUUCCAAAUGUUCCUAUGAGCCUUUGAAAGAGGGCCUAUUAUUUCACAUUUUAAAUGUCCAAAUCACCUUUAUAGUCAAAUCAAAUAAGGAGUUGAUUUUCAGGUGAUUCAGGAUUUUUUUAAAUACUUCUUUCACUUCCAAUAAUGUACUGGAGGCUUGUAAUGUCCUGUAGCAAUGCCACCUAUUUACUGAAGUGCAGAAACCCAGUUCUUACUUCAAUCGCUAAUCUGAAUCAUUUCACUUCACCCUGGUGACUCUUGCUUGUACCAUUAGUUUUGUAAACACAUGCAAAAACCGUCCUGUUAAUUGGCCGCGAUGAAUAACUGAGGAAAAAACGUUAAUGAAAGGAUUUUAAUGCCUGCUGAUUUGUUUUUGUGAACAAAAAGAAUGUUGUUCCGAUCAAUGAUAGAAAAGGCCAUUAUACUGUGCUGACAAUAAAGAGUGCUCCCAUCACAAUGUCAUGAUUCUGUGCCUUUAGGCGAAACAUGUUUUUAUGUAUGUUUUCAAGAGUUAUUGGAUAUGGAGAGAGGUGGACAGGAAGAUCUUUAGGCUGGAACUUGCAACACAUCCAUGGAGAAAAGCAGUCAUUACGAUUCUAUCCUGGACCUGAGCAAACGAAUCCCAUGGCAAGAGGACUGCUAUGUUGACCUCCAAUCUAGGCCCAGCUCUUCUUCCUCCAAGGGACAGAUUGAAGUGGGCUGGAUCCACCAACACCAGAGGCAGCUGGAACUCUUCAUUAACUCUACCCUCCUGGAGAGAGCACUGUCUCACAUGAGGAAGCUGGACCUGCUGAACCAGGCAGAGGAGGCACACGUGCAGGCUGGUGGAAAGCUUCCAGAGCAGAUUGGCAACCUCACCUCCAUCCUAGAAAGCAAGGGUCCCAGGGGCUCCAACGCCCUGCAGGCCUUCAUUGAGAACGUUGACUCCCAGGUGUCCCAGCUGAUCAUGAAGCAUGAUCCUAUGGUUCAAGAGCACAAGAAAGCUCUUCUGUUGCAGUAUCCCACACCAAGUCAAAACCCCUUCCCUAGUCUGUCCAGCCCAGACUUCUCCUCUUCCAGAGUCUUGCUUCUGGUUGAUGGCCUCUCAGACCUCCAGCAAAAGGAGCAUGAUAUCAUGCAGGUGGAGGCCACCCGUGGGUCACAGAGACACCAUGGCAGGCAGCUGGCACUUACCAAGUUCCUGGAGCCGCUCACCCGGGUCAGCCUGCCACCCAGGGUCUCUCUCACAGUGGGUGUUGCUGGUAUCGGCAAGAGCACCUUGGUAAGCCAUUUUGUACAACUUUGGAGCCGAGGCGAGAUCUACACAGAUGUGAGUUUUGUCUUGCCCUUCGCCUUCUGGGAGCUGAACGCCAUGGAAAAGGUAUCUGCGGAGAGACUGGUGAAGUUGGCCUUUCCUCACAUGACGGACCCCAGCCUGGUGCUGAGUGGUGCCUGUCGGACAUUGCUGAUCUUUGAUGGUUUAGAUGAGUUCCGAUGUCCCCUGGAUUUCUCAGAGGCUGCACCAUGCACCGACCCCAAGAAGGAGGUGUUGGUGGAGGACUUGGUCACAAACAUCAUCCGGGGAAACUUGCUUCCUGAAGCAGUGGUCUGGGUGACCUCCAGGCCGGCGGUGGCCUCGUUAAUUCCCGGGGGACUCGUGGACAGGGUGACUGAGGUCCCUGGAUUCAGCCCAAAGGAUAUGCAGCAGUUGCUGACCCAAAACUUCCCUAAAGGAGAGACAGCAACUCAGAUAUGGGCUCACAUGCAGUCCAACAAGAUCUUCAUGGUGAUGUCUUACAUCCCUUGCAUUUGUUCUAUAUUAUUGGUUACCCUUGGGUACAUGUUGGAGAGUGGCUGGCAAGAGGGCCUUCCCAGGACCUGCACUGAGCUUUACUCCCAUUUCUGUGCCAUGAGGGCUGAAGCCGGUGAACCCAGAGGCAGAGAGUCCAAGAUGGACCCGCUUUAUGGCAACAAUCGCAAGCUGUUGGCUAGUUUGGGCCGACUGGCAUUCUAUGGACUUCUAAAGCACAAGUAUACUUUCAGUGAACAGGACAUGAGGGCCUAUGGAGUAGACCUUCCAUCCACACAAGGUAGCCUCGGAACUGGAAUACUAAUUCGCAAAGAAUCUCUGAUUUGUGUGGCCUACCGUUUUAGCCACCUUACUGUGCAGGAGUUCUUGGCAGCUACAUAUUACCACAUUUCCUCCAAACGGGCCAUCUUUGACAUGUUCACCGAAAGUGCCAUGUCCUGGCCCAAGAUCGGCUUCCAGAACCACUUCAGAAGCGCACUGCAGAGGUCCCAGCAGGCUGAAGAUGGUCACUUGGAUGUGUUUGUACGGUUUCUGGCAGGGUUGCUGUGUCCGGCAGCAGUGAGGCCACUGGCAGGGUUGCUGGCCCAGGGCAAAGACGAUGGGGGCCUCCGGGUUUGGGCGGCAGGGCUUCUCCAGGGCCUGCUGGGCAGCGGGGGAGCUGUGGUGUCCCUGCGUUCAGUCAAUGUGGCCUACUGCCUGCAGGAGUUGCAGCACACAGAGGUGCUACGCAGUGUCGAGGAGGAUCUGCGCUGUGGCAGCCUGGGAGGGAAGCUAACACGCACACACUGCACUGCGCUGGCCUACCUGCUGCAUGUGUCUCCAGAGUGCAACGAGGAGACCAGUCUGUCGGCCUGUCUCGACUACAGCACCGUCAAGAGCCUGCUGCCUCAGCUGCUGUACUGCAACCAUCUUAGAUUGGAAAAUAACCAUUUUAAAGAUGAUGUCAUGGAACUACUGGGAAGCUUACUGAGUGCGAAGGACUGUCAUCUUCAGAAGAUAAGUCUGGCAGAGAAUUCCAUCGGUAACAAAGGUGCCAAAGCCCUGAGUCGAGCACUGCUGGUUAACCGGACCCUGAACACACUUGAUCUCCGUAGCAACAACAUUGGAUCUAAAGGCACAAAGUUUCUAUCAGAAGCCCUCAAGAUGAAUCAGUUCCUGGUGUCCAUUAAUUUACAGAAUAAUCUGAUUGAGGAGGAAGGAGCUCGUGCUCUGGCUGAUGUGUUGCUGUCCAAAUGCAAGCUUGUCUCGCUCAAUGUACAGAAGAAUUGUAUUGGACCGGAUGGAGCCAAGAGACUUGCAGAAGCACUGAAGACAAACCGGACACUUACAGAGCUGAUUCUGUGCAGUAACCAACUGGGGGACAAAGGCACUGCAGCCCUGGCCCAGGCCCUGACAGUCAACCACUCUCUCCUUUCAUUACAUCUGCAGAGUAACUCCAUCAGUAACAAAGGGAUGACCGCAUUAACCAAGGCUCUGCGGUUGAAUCGUGGACUCAUCUGUCUGAAUCUGCGUGAGAACUCAAUUGGAGUGGAGGGGGCUAAGGAUAUGGCCAGGGCUCUGCAGGAGAACAGCACUCUCCAAGAUCUUGAUCUCACAGCGAACCUGCUGCACGAUGAAGGGGUGAAGGCCAUUGCAGGAGCUGUGAAGGUCAACCGAGCGCUUACUUCUUUACAUCUCCAGUGGAAUUUCAUCAAAUCCACAGCCACUAAAGCUUUGGCCCAUGCUCUACUCACCAACGCCACUAUGAAGCUACUCGAUUUACAGGAGAAUGCCAUUGGAGACGAAGGAGUUGUGGCGCUGGCCGGAGCCCUGAAGACAAAUGCGUCUCUCUGUACUUUGUGUCUCCAGGGUGUCUCAGCUGGCAGGAGUGGUGCCAUCUCGAUGGCAGAGGCUCUGAUGGUCAACAAAACCCUGCAUACUCUGGACCUACGAGGGAAUGCCAUAGGAAUGGAGGGAGCCAAGGCCCUGGCCAAUGCACUGAAGACGAACCGAACACUCAGAUCUUUAAAUCUGCAGGAGAACUCUCUGGGAAUGGAUGGAGCCAUAUUCAUUGCCACAGCCCUGAAAGGAAACCAUCAGCUAACUUAUAUAAAUUUGCAGGGGAAUGGCAUUGGCGAAUCGGGCGCAAAGGUAAUCUCAGACGCAAUCAGAACCAACUCUCCUGACUGCGUGGUAAAGAUCUGAAGGCAUGGGGCACCAGGAGUCAAAAGCUGGGCUUCGAGUAUAUUACCUGGGACAUGCUUCAUUCAAGUGCUAUAGAAAUUAAGUUCCCAGUGGGACAUUUGACCUGAAUGACCCUCCACGUCAGACAAAGUGUGGAAACUCAGAAUAUUUGUUACCUGAGUGUCCGAGCUUCUUCACCACCACGCUUUUAACCAUGUAUGCUUGGUUUUUUAAAAUAACUAGCUGUAUUUAUGAAUAAUGAAGGUAUUCUGUUUAUUAUCGAUGUUAAGCAGUCUCUUAUUUUAGGAUUAGCAAUGUCAGGAAAUACAUCAAGUUAGCUAAAAUCUUUAUUGGUCGACAAAUCCCAAGCACUUCAACACAAUUCAUGUCAAACCUACAAUUUCCCACAAAACACAUUCUGGCUCUUACCAGCUGUUGAAGCUAGCCUUAUUCAGGAGUCAUAAAUGUUACUGAACAUUCUGAGCAUUUUUCAGAUUAGAGAAUCAACGAUCUUGUGUCAGCUCAAUACUCCAAUACUUAACUUUUCUAAAGUUAUUUGUAGUUCAUUGGUACUCUCAGGAAAUGUGUACAUUUGGGGAUGUACUGUAUUGUGGAACCUUGGCAGUACAGCUUAGUACUGGGUUCUUGGGAAAAGCUUGUUCAUCCAGGUUGCCACAUUUAUUUUGCUCUGCAUUGCUUCAGUGUUAAAUAUUGAAUGGAGUGCUAAAAUGGUUUGACAUAAAGGUAAUUUAAUGUAAAUAUGUAUUACAUGAUGUAUUUUUUUAUUUGUUUAUUUAGUUCAAUUGUCUUUAUUUCCACUGAGGAAAAAUAUGUUAAACAGUGCAGAUGACAUAAAACAAAGCAAACAUGCAGUAGUGUUUGGAAACCCAAGAGGUUUUGCAUAAAAACACCAUGCAAAAUUGAAAUACUGUGAAAACACAAAAACCAUCAAAACAAACAUUACUUCUCAAAGCACCUGCAUGCACAGUGCCUUAAGAAUGUAUGUAUGUGUGACAGGACAUGCAGAAUACACAGAAUAUAGAGUGUGUUAUAGUGUGCAUUGACCAGUAUGCCCAUAUGGGAAGAUCUCAUUACCUACACAACUAGUCAAUAUAAUACAUGCAGAAGAAGGGCAGGAUCAUCCAUACAGGGCAUUAGUAAAUAUGUGUAAUCUGGAACUUACCCAAGACAGAUCCCUCACUGGUUUUUAAUGUGAGGCUAAUCAAGCCAAAUGCGCUGAACUAGGGAAGAGUGGGGCAGAGGCAAUCAACAGCAUGCAAGAUUUGAACUUUCUAGCAUAUAUUAAAAUCUUUUUAGAAGAAAAUGCCAACUCUCUGUAGCGUUUGUGCAAUAACUCAAAUUGCCCUGCACUCCUCAAAAUAAUAGCAUUUUUUAACAUUUACUUUGGCUAAAUGUAUAAUAUACAAAAUUGUCCACACUGUCCAUC